GGGCCCGCCUCCGGGCUGGGGUCCUCGACGCGUCCGAGUGCGUCUAACGAGCGCCUGGUAGAGGCCGAACGGCUGUAACCCCUCCCGGACCCGUGAUGCCAAGGACGCUACGUGGGGCGAGAAAUAGCCGGGGUUGAGCCUCAGUUGAAUCUGGGGCUCGCGCGCUCCUAACCCCUCGGGCCCGUCUUAGCAGAAGGGGAGAAAGACGGGAUUUACCUCUCCGGGAAAGCGUUACGGUCUCGGAAAUCCAAAGGGGCAGCUCUACCCUGUCCUCUCUGGGUCGCUAUGAGUCGGCAUGGACUCGAUGGCAAAAUGAGUGGUGGAUUGGCCCCAAGUAAAAGUACAGUAUAUGUAUCCAACCUUCCCUUUUCCCUCACAAACAAUGACUUAUACCGGAUAUUUUCCAAAUAUGGUAAAGUUGUAAAGGUUACGAUAAUGAAAGAUAAAGACACCAGGAAGAGUAAAGGAGUUGCAUUUAUUUUAUUUUUGGAUAAAGAAUCUGCACAAAACUGUACCCGAGCAAUUAACAACAAACAGUUAUUUGGUAGAGUGAUAAAAGCAAGUAUUGCUAUUGACAAUGGAAGAGCAGCCGAGUUCAUCAGAAGGCGACACUACUUCGAUAAAUCUAAGUGUUAUGAAUGUGGGGAAAAUGGUCAUUUAAGUUAUGCAUGUCCUAAAAAUAUGCUUGGAGAACGUGAACCUCCAAAGAAGAAAGAGAAAAAGAAAAAGAAGAAAAUUCCUGAACCAGAAGAACAAAUUGAGGAAGUAGAAGAAAGUGAAGAUGAAGGAGAAGACCCUGCUCUUGACAGUCUCAGUCAAGCCAUAGCUUUCCAGGUACCACUUCUUUUAAUUUUUUCCUGAAAGGCAGCAUGCCAUAGCUGCCUUGGGCUAAUUGGCUUUAUGUUCCUACUUCAUCGAUCACCUCCUCAUGAUAACCCUUGUCUUUCCACUUCACCUCCUGAACUUUAGGAAAUCAUUAGAUCAGUGUGAGAAAAGUUUGCAAUGGUUUUUCUAGAUUUUAAGGGUCCCAUAACAGCUUUAGUCUUAAACGCUUUUCAUUAUAGAAUCAAGCAAAACUAUUUGACUAAAAGUAAGGUCAGCUCAACAGAAAAUGUUUUAUUCUGUCAAAGACAUUAUUUUUAAAAUAGAAACUUCACUCUAAAGUAAAACCCAAAACAAGUUUUUAUGGUAUACAACCUCCUAAUUUUGUGUGUAAAUUUUUUGUGUUAGUAGAUUUGGCAAGUUAAAAAACAUUUCCCCUUUUCACAUAUAGCAUUUCAGCCUCCAGCAGGGACGGCAAAGAGGUUUCAUUUCAGAUGCCUGUUAAUUAGUAGACAAUGACUAAAGUCAUGUUGAAUAACAUUGGGAAACUGAGAUAGAACUUGGCAAAGCAAAAAUAAAAUAAAAAACCAACACCCUGAGGGAGUGGAAUUGCCUGUCUUGGCAUGGGA